AUGUUGACAUGCUGCUUCAUCGUGUUCUCAACGAGUUGGAAGCAUCUUGGUAGCAGCAUCGACAGAACAAGACAUGGACUCACAAAGUAUCCAUCACUAUUUGAGGCACUACUACAGUUGAUCAUUGUGUUUGCAGUGUUUGUUGGUGGCGUUGCACAGCAACGACUGGUGCCCAUCACAAUAUCAGUGCUUCAUCACUUUGAUACCGACUCCACGGUGGUGUCGCGCACCAACCAACUCAGUGCUCUUCAGAACGAUCUGAGCAUCAUUGAUCCUGGAAUGCUACUAAACUCAAGGGAGUACCACAAUGUAGACAUUGGUCUACCUAUUGGUAUAUCUCUAAUACCUCUAAUGUACUCUGCACUCAAGAAUACAUUGAUACCAGCACUGGCAACAAUAACAACCACAACAAUGGAUGCAGUAAUGUACCCAUCAUCGUUGACUAGGCUAUUCUUUGCAUCGGCCAUUGCCUCUGUGUUUGUACUGAUCAAUGCAAUCAAGAGAAGAAGACCACUCACUAACUUUAUACUUGAAUCAUCAUCAUCAUCAUUAUAA